AUGGUGUGUGGAGCUGAGUGUGUUCCCGGGAGAAAAGACAAGAGGAAGACUGAUGUCCAGUGUCAACACCGUUGGCUAAAAGUUCUUAAUCCUAACCUCAACAAAGGACCUUGGAGAAAAGAGGAAGAUGAUCUCUUGAGUGAAUUGGUUAAUGUCUUUAUUGAGAAUGAUAAGCCUAAAUGGUCCAAAAUAUCCAAGCAACUCCCUGGUCGCAUUGGCAAGCAAUGUCGUGAAAGGUGGCAUAAUCAUCUAAAUCCGACUAUCAAAAAGACUCCGUGGACUAGAGAAGAGGAACUGAUUCUGGUUCAGGCACAAAGAGAUCAAGGCAAUAAGUGGGCCGAGAUUGCCAAGCUCUUGCCUGGAAGGAAAGAGAAUAAUAUCAAGAACCACUGGAAUUGCUCACUUAAGAGGAUAUCGGAACACCUUGUUACUAGUAGCCCCUUGUCUGGUCAUGGACCUUGUGGUUCUGAGUCUAGCUUUGUCAAUCAAAGCAACAUGAUGGAAAUCGAGAAAGCUGCCAAGAGUCCUCAAAGGUAUUCACUGGAAUUAACUCUAGAGCCCAUGAAUUGGAGGAACACGUCUUCAUCCAUAAACUCUCUUAAAGGGGAUGAAGAAUCAACAAUCUCAUCAUCGCUAGAAUCUGAUUGGUUAAGACGCAAUAGCAAGGUUGAAAUAUCAAUAACACCUUCUUCAGAUGACCAUCACCACAAGAAUGUAUGGUUAACUCCACAAUUAACAACUCCGUCUUGUGUAAAAGUUCCAUUGAGUCCGGAAACCCCACAGAGCAGCAGCGCUGGACAAGAAGUGAGGGAGAUCAUAGGGAGAUGGAAAAUGGCUGCGAGUACUUUCGAGAACACACCUUCCAUUAUCUCCAGAAGAAGAUCACCAGCCUCACGGCGCAAACAAGAAAACGACUCUCCAUUUCAUAGAUGUCCUCGGACUCUCCUGUCAAGUGAGGAAGAACAUUCAGUUUCAAAUUCUUCUUCUACCAGCUCCUUACUCAUGAAACGCAACAACACUUGUUCAGGUUUAAAACCCUUGGAGAGGCGCUUGGAGUUUGAUUUUAUUUGACAAGUGAACAUACCUUUUUAAA